AUGAAGACCGUUCCGUUUUUUGUGCUGCUGGUGUGCCUUCUGAGCUUCACCAACGCCGAGUCUCAGUCAAUUCGCAAGUUGCAACCUCCGGUUGAAUUUCUAGGCGAGAAUCCAGAACCUUUGUUUGGAGUGUAUCCUCUGAAAAUGUGUCAAGGAGAUUGCGAUAAGAAUGAACACUGUGACACAGGACUUGUGUGCAUGAUGUACAGAAAAGCCUAUGAGGCGGUUCCAGGAUGCGCAGGAGGUGAAAGCGAUGGAACCACAGCAAGCUACUGCAUACAAGAUACGGAACGGGAGCGCAACUCAGCCAACAAUGGAGCAGAAGUGGUUUCUGUCAACGUCAAGCCCGCUGAGGGGGAUCAGGAGAAACAAACAGCAGCUGCUGCCGCGGCCGAGUCAGAAAAUUCGGAGUCGAGUGCAUCGUCAAACACAAUCAUUGUUGGUCUCGCGUCAUUUGCUUUGGUGAUGGGACUACUGUACUAG